UAGCGCAGAAGAACGGGAAGUUUUUACUUCGAUUCCCAGAGGUCUUUGCGCAACUACAUGCCAUAGAAGGGGGAGGUUUCUUCUGUCAGAACAUCGGGGAAGUUGGCAGGUCUUUUGCUGAUCGGUGAAGAGGCACCAAAGCCAGCUGGUUAUUUUUCAGCAUCCUUCAAACGAUUAGUAGGCUGGGUUUUUGUCCCAGGUUGGGCGGAUGCGAUAAAAACCGUGGGUGAGCACUUGUGGCAUUGCUUGGAGCUCGACAGGAAGACGAGUGUGAGGGCUCCACCCUGAGGAAGUGGAACGGCAGCGCUAUCUGGCCGUGCAGACACCGACGCGGCAUGACUGAGCUGUGGAUCUGCUUCACCUGCUGCAUCGCAGAGCAGCCGCAGCCGAAGAGACGGCGGCGAAUAGACCGUUCCAUGAUUGGGGAGCCCACAAACUUUGUCCACACAACCCAUGUGGGCUCAGGGGACAUGGGGAUGGGACUGAGAGCAGUGGACGUUCUGCAGGAUCAGAUGAAGUCUAAGGGUGGCUAUGGAAACGGAGGGACUGAGAAUGCUCCAGAGUGACCAGAGUUGGUGAAACAGUCUACAUUUUCUGAAACCUGUGUACAGUGAACUCCCUUCUGCUCUUCAGAAGAUAUAUCUUUUAAGUAGAUAUUUUACUAAAAGGCAAACAAACAUUCAGAGCAACAUAUACUGUAUAAAUCAGUGAUAUUGAAUGAAUAUGUAAAUAAUUCCAUAGGUAGAGCACGGUUGUACCUCAAAAUUUUGGCUGCAGAUAUGAUAACAGCACAAAUUUGAGAUGGAGUAUGAAAGUGGCAUAUAUUAAGGAACGCUUGAUGGAGUCAUAAAUGGCCAGUAUAGUGUAGAGUGUGUGAAGAUUUCAGUCCCAGCCAGGAUCUAGCUGUUGUUCAGGUUUUAAUUCUUGAACAUCUGUAUCUUUAAAGAAUGUGUUCGUCAUAUGGUGGCAGGGCCACUUCUGACUUUGUGGGAUGCAUUUUUUGUGAAGCACAGUUUUGGAAAAAAAAACAAGUGUUUGAAGAUAUUUUUAAAAGCAUUUUUACAAAAUAGAGGUAGACAUGUGCCCCAUGAUGUUGUAGAGAAUCACCUAUCUUGCUGUCACAGGUCUCAGGCUUGAUUUACUUCUUUGUUUUAUUCAAUGUAUACUUUGUUUUUCCCGGUAUACUUGAAAAAUGUUCAACACACACUGUAAUGUCGGGAUUAAUGUAUCAAUUUUCAGACACUGAAGUACCCAAGAUUUGACUGCAUUUCUGUAUAUUUUGUUCUUGUGGGGAUAUUUCUUGGUCUUCUUUCAUAAUAAAAUUAUUUUUCAAAAUGUAAUAAAAA